AUGAGACCAGGCAUGCGCCAUCCAUCGCCGGUUCCACCACUUCGACCACCCCAGCGUCUUAUGCCGGCACCGAAUGAUGGCGGUGUUUUUUUCGGGGGUCGUGAUUACGCACGUCGACAACAACCACAACCAAAUUAUCAACCACAAAAACCAUUAUUACCUCAAGGAACUCCACCACAACAAUGGCAAAAUACUCCCAAUUUUCGUCCUGGUCCUGUACCAUUAUUACGUCCAAAUGGUCCAUGGCAUCCACAUCCACAUCCUAAUACAUAUCAUUCACAAUCACCUCCACCUCCACCACCAUUACUUCAUCCACAUCAACAAUUUAAUCCGAAUUCUCAAACUCCAAUAACUUAUGUUCCACCACCACAUAAUACUACAUAUGAAUUAAUGCGUAUUGCUAAUUCAGCAGAUCAAAUACCAUUUUUGGAACCUCUUGAAGAUGAAGAUAAACUUGUACGACAACAUCUUUUAUCAAAUAAUAGUAAUAAUGAUGAAUCUCUAUUAUUAAAUACAUCAUCACCAUCAAAAACAAAUAAACGUCGUCGACAACAACAGCAGCAACAACAACAACAAAUUGAAAAUAAUCGAAAUAUGAUUUCAUAUCAAGAUCUUGAUCGUCCAGAAGAACAGCGUGAUUCAUCAUUUGAUAAUCGUCUUGUACCAAAAUCUAAUAAAACAAAUCAUUUACCAUCUGAUAAAACAAAUAAUCAGAUAUUAUUAAAAUCUUCUAUUGAUAAUGAUCAUGCACUUAAAUUAGAACUUGAUCGUAUAAAAAAAGCAGGUGCACAAGAAAGAGAAAAAUUAAGAGCUCAACGACAAGCAGCUGCUGAAAAAGAAAAAGAAGCACAAAUGAAAAGAAACAGUGCAAAAACCGGUGAUAAAGAAAAACGUGAAGAUGGUGAACUCGGUGAUAGUUCAGACGAUGAAAAUACAAAAUCAACACCACCCAUUGAACAAAAACGUUUAAAGAAAAUUGUUGAUAAUCUUGCAUUAAAUCCUUCAAAAUCAACAAUAUCAUAUCGUUCGAAAACGCCACCUUCCGAAAGUAUUAUUGAUAUGAGUGUAAUGAAAUUAAUACGUCCUAUGAAAUUUUUUCAUCUUGAUGAUGAAAAAAGUAGUGCCUAUCGAGAAUAUUUAACAACAAAUUUUGGUCGUGUACGUGUUCAUUGUCAUAAACCACAACCAAAUUUCUUUUCAAAUAUAAGUUGUAUUGAAGAAAUUAAACGUCGUUUACGUUUAAAUAAUAAUAUAUCAUCAUCAAAUUUAUUUCGUCAUUUAAUUGAUGAUAAUGAUCAAGAUCUUUUCUUAACAUUACAAGUUACUGCUGAAACAGAAGAUGGAGAAAUUGAAAGUGAUGAAGAAAAUAAAAUCGAUUUAAAUGGUAAAAAAUCUAAACAUGCAUUAUCGGAUGAUGAUACUGAAAAACAUAUUAGAAAAAAAACGAAAUUAAUUGAUGAUGGAAUGAAUGAUUUAACAAAAUCAUCAUUAAAUGAAAAACCAUGGAUAACAAAUGAACUUCGACAAUUAAUAAAACAAAGAAAUAAAUUACAAGCACAAAUUUUGAAUGGUGAUACAAAUGCUGAUAUUGAAAAGAAAUUUAAGAAAAUGAGAAAUAAAAUAUGUAAACAUGCAAAAACAUUAAAAGCCAAAUAUGAAAAUUCUAUUUUGGGUAAUUCAGAACCAUCUCUUGCACCACCAUUAUCUUCUCAACAAUCAACAACGGGUUCUUCAUCGACAGCAUCAGCUGCAACAACAGCAGCGAAUCAUCCAUUAUCAACAAUUCUUGAUCCAGCUCUUGUUAUGGCAAUGCUUGUUAAUCCAAAUCUUUAUUCACAUGUACAACAACAAGUACUUUCUAAUCCAAACUUUUUACAAGCUUAUCAGCAUAUGUUUGCUGAUAAUGCACCACCAAAAGUUGCUAGUGAAACACAAGUUGUACCCUCAACAAAUCCUACACUCGAUAAUUCAAUUAAACAAACCAUUGCAGCAUCAAGAGCAACUAAAGAACAACAACAACAAAAUCUUUCAUCAUCAAGAUCUCGUCCAGUUCUAACUCAAGCAACAAAACCAAUUCAAUUAACUUCACUUGAAUCAGAUUUUGAUAAUGAACAACAACAACAGCAGAUCAAAUCAAGAACACGUUUUACAUCAUCAGAAACUGCAUUAACUGAAAAUCAACAACAAGAUAUUGCUUUAACACAAGAAUUAGUUCGUCGUCAAUUAGCAUUAGCACAACAACAGCAACAACGUAACCCACGAAAUCCAAAUUCAACUAGUCAAUUAUCAUUAUCAUCACCAUUAAGUCGUCAUAUACCAUUAACUACAGAACAAAUGCAAGAAGUUUUAACACGUGCUAAAAACUAUGUUAUACGUCAACAGAGUGAUGAAACAACAGAUUCAUCAAAUACUCAACCACGUGUGUCAUAUAAUACUCGACGUUUACAAGCUGCACUUACUGCAUCAGCUUCAUUAGCUACACCACAAACAGCACAUACAAUUGGACAAGCUGCUGCUGCCGCUAUUGCUGCAGUAUCUGCUCGACCAACAUCAGGAACAGCACCAAUAGCACCAACAUCAUCAUCAUCAAAUUCUAUUAUGACACCAACAGCAUCAAUUCCACCAUUAAUUCCACCACCACAACAACAACAGCAGCAGCAUCACCACCAGCAGCAGCAGCAACAACAACAACAACAGCAACAACAACAACAUCAACAUCAACAUCAACAACAUCCAAUUCGUAUUCAACUCGAUCAAAAGUCAAAAACACUUUCAUCGAUUAGUAAUAAGCAAUCACUACCUAUACCAACAAUAAGUCAACAAAAAUUAAUGCCUUUAGUUGAUAUGAAUCCACAAGCUCCUUCACAUAUGUACCCAAAUCCACCCAAUUGGCAACGUCCGCCUCAUCUACCUCUUUCACAUUAUCCUGGACCACCACGUCAACAACAAUAUUCGCCAUACGAUAAUCCUCAUACACCACCACCUUAUUAUGGUCCACGAACAAAUUAUCCACCCGAUCUUCGUCCACACCUACCAUCAUAUGGUCCUAUGCCACCACGACAUCUUUCUCAGCCGCCAAGAUUUAAUGGACCAAUGCCUCUACAGGGACCUUAUGGCUAUGGUCAUUCAUCACAGAACUAUGGACCUCCACCUCCUCAUCCUCAUCCUCACUAUGGUCAUCAUUAUCCUCCAUCUUGA